AUGGCACGACUAAAGGUCCUCAUAAGCGGCGGCGGCAUCGCCGGCAACGCCCUCGCCUUCUGGCUCUCCAAGCUCGGCCACAAAGUCACCGUCGUCGAGUGGUUCCCCACCCUGCGAGCCAAGGGGCUGCAGAUCGAUCUCCGGGGCCACGGGAUCGAGGUGAUGAAGCGGAUGGGUCUGGAGUCGGCGUUCCGCGCCAAGGCGGCGCCCGAGAACGGGAUACAGGUCGUCGACGGCUCGGGCCGGCGGCGCGGCUUCUUCGCGGCGAACACGUCCGGCAAGGGGCUGCAGAACUUCACCAGCGAGUUCGAGAUCAUGCGCGGCGAUAUGUGCCGUAUCCUGUACGAAGCGGCGAGGGCCAACAAAGCCGAGUACGUCUUUGGGACGUCAAUAGAAGGUUUCGAGGAGGACAAGGCUUCCGGCGGUGGUGUUCAGGUCCGGCUCGCGAACGGAAGCGUGGAUAGGUACGAUCUCGUGGUUGGUGCCGACGGCCAAGGCUCGCGCACUCGCAGGAUGAUGCUCGGGACGGCGGACGGCGCGGAUGCCGCGGACGGAUUCUGCCCGCUCAAGGGCGUGUACACGAGUUAUUUCACGAUCGACCGGCAGAUACAAGAAGGCGAGGAUUACAUCGCCACCGCGUACAUAGCCCCCGGUCGGCGAAGCAUGAUGACGCGGCGCCACAGCCCUGAGCAGAUGCAGGUGUACAUGGGCUUCACGACGGACUCGGAAAAGCUGAAGAACGCACGGGGAGACGUGCAGAAGGAGAAGGAGGCCCUGGCGGAGAUCAUGAAGGGCGCCGGGUGGCGGACCGAGGAGUUCCUGAGGGAUCUGGUGGGCUCCGAUAACUUCUACCUCGAGAGCAUGGGCUUCGUUAGGUUGGAGUCUUGGACCCGCGGCCGCGUGGUGUUGCUGGGCGACGCGGCAUAUUGCCCGUCGGCUACCACGGGGAUGGGAACAACUGCCGCUAUGGUCGGCGCCUACGUCCUGGCUGGCGAGAUCGAAAGGCAUUGUGGGAGCGUUCAGAAAGAGCAUGUUGGCGAUGGCAUUGCAGCCGCGCUUACGGCGUACGAGCAGACGUUCCGACCCUUCAUAGAUCAGGUCACCAAGGCGUUGGUUGAUGGCGAUAAGAAUAUAUUUGACGCCAUCAUGCUGACAACAAAAUUCGGCGUCGGGGUUCUGAACUUCAUUGUUGGAAUUGUUUCCCUCUUGAAGUUCGACGUCGUAGCUGCCUGGUUCCUGCAGGAGAAGGUUAAAUGGGACUUGCCUGAGUAUAAGGAGCUUCUAUGA